AUGGCAAUAUAUUUCUUUCGCCAGAUGUCUCAAGCAAAAGGUGAAUGGUUACAAGUGGACAAUGUUUGGGUGUUUACAAAAUAUGGGAAAUGUUAUAUGUUUAACUCAGGAGAGGGUGGAAGACCUCCGCUCACUACGGUCAAAGGGGGAACAGGCAAUGGGCUGGAGAUCAUGCUGGACAUACAACAGGAUGAGUACCUACCCAUCUGGGGAGAAACAGAUGAAACGACUUUUGAAGCUGGAGUGAAAGUUCAGAUUCACAGUCAGUCUGAGCCGCCCUUUAUCCAGGAGCUAGGCUUUGGUGUGGCACCAGGAUUCCAGACUUUUGUGGCCACACAGGAGCAGAGACUCACGUACCUGCCCCCUCCUUGGGGAGAAUGUCGAUCUUCAGAGAUGGGAUUCGACUUUUUUCCUGCUUACAGUAUCACGGCUUGUAGGAUUGACUGUGAGACCCGUUACAUUGUGGAGAACUGCAACUGCCGGAUGGUUCACAUGCCAGGGGAUGCCCCUUUCUGUACCCCAGAGCAGCACAAGGAGUGUGCGGAGCCAGCCUUAGGUGUCCUUGCUGAAAAGGACAGGAAUUACUGUCUCUGCAGGACACCCUGUAACCUGACCCGCUAUAAUAAGGAGCUCUCCAUGGUGAAGAUUCCCAGCAAGACUUCAGCCAAGUAUCUUGAGAAGAAAUUUAACAAGUCAGAAAAGUAUAUCUCAGAGAACAUUCUCAUUCUGGAUAUAUUUUUCGAAGCACUCAAUUAUGAGACAAUUGAGCAGAAGAAGGCGUAUGAAGUUGCAGCCUUACUUGGGGACAUCGGUGGCCAGAUGGGAUUGUUUAUCGGUGCUAGUAUCCUUACAAUCCUAGAGCUCUUUGACUACAUUUAUGAGCUGAUAAAAGAGAAGCUGUUAGAUCUACUUGGGAAAGAGGAAGAGGAAGGGAGCCACGAUGAAAAUGUGAGUACCUGCGACACGAUGCCAAACCACUCUGAAACCAUCAGCCACACUGUGAACGUGCCCCUGCAGACGACUCUGGGGACCCUGGAGGAGAUUGCCUGCUGACACCCCCCUCCCCGAGGACG